UAGAAAACAGACACAAGGCAGAAUGUGAGGCAUUCACAGCAGCGAGACCUCACUUCUUCACAGAGGGAGAAACAGGAUAAACAGAAGGUCUAUACUCCCACAAGUUUUUCUCGUUGUUUCUCUUUUUUUUGACUUUCGGAAGUUAUCAAUAAGUUUGCAAAGGCCAGGACGUAAGGAUGGAGGUGGAAAUCCAUGGAUCGGAUUGAGGGAAUAUCAAGAGAGGGCCAAGGAGACCUUCGGAAUGGAACAUACAUGUAGAGCUUUACCAGAUUCUAGUUGAAAAGCUUGAAAGACCAACAUGAGCUGGAGCUUUCUAACUCGUCUCCUGGAAGAAAUCCACAACCACUCCACCUUCGUUGGGAAAGUGUGGCUGACCGUGCUCAUCAUCUUCCGCAUCGUGCUCACCGCAGUCGGAGGGGAGUCCAUCUAUUCGGACGAGCAGACCAAGUUCACCUGCAACACCAAACAACCUGGCUGUGACAACGUAUGCUACGAUGCUUUUGCUCCCCUCUCGCACGUGCGCUUUUGGGUCUUUCAGAUCAUCAUGAUCUCCACUCCCUCCAUUAUGUACAUGGGUUAUGCUAUUCACAAGAUUGCCCGAACUUCAGAGGUGGAGCGCAGGAAGCACCAGAGGCUCUGCAAAAAGCUGCCACCUCAUUCCAGAUGGAGGGGGAGCCACCACCUAGAGGAUGUGUUAGAGCAGGAGGAAGACGACGAUGCCGAGCCAAUGAUCUAUGAGGAUACUCUUGAGGUGCAGGAGGUCAAACCUGAGCCAGUCAGCAGCAGCAGCAGAAAAGAUCAACCAAAACAUGAUGGCCGCAGAAGAAUUAUGCAAGAAGGACUGAUGAGAAUCUAUGUUCUUCAGCUCAUGUCACGAGCUAUUUUUGAAAUAGCUUUCCUUGCAGGACAGUAUCUCCUCUAUGGGUUUCGUGUUAAUCCUUCAUAUGUAUGCAGCAGGAUUCCAUGUCCGCACAGCGUGGACUGUUUCAUCUCUAGGCCCACAGAGAAAACAAUCUUCCUCCUCAUCAUGUAUGUGGUAAGCUGUCUUUGUCUAGUGUUAAAUGUGUGUGAGAUGCUUCACUUGGGAAUCGGUACUUUUCGGGAUACGCUUCGCAUGAAGAGGAAUCGGGGUCGACGGACGACCUACGGCUACCCCUUCUCUCGCAACAUCCCUGCCUCCCCUCCAGGCUACAAUCUAGUGAUGAAGACAGACAAACCUGGCGGGAUUCCCAACAGCCUCAUCACCCAUGAGCAGAACAUGGCUAACGUGGCCCAGGAGCAGCAGUGCACCAGCCCGGACGAGAACAUCCCCUCCGAUCUGGCAAGCCUGCAUCGGCACCUACGGGUUGCCCAGGAGCAGCUUGAUAUGGCCUUUCAGACAUAUCAGACCAAAAACAUCCAGCAAACCUCCAGAACCAGUAGUCCUGUAUCUGGGGGAACUAUGGUAGAGCAAAACCGAGUCAACACAGUGCAGGAGAAACAAGGGGCAAGGCCAAAAUCAGCCACAGAGAAGGCUGCGACUAUUGUAAAAAAUGGAAAGACCUCUGUCUGGAUCUAGAAAUGAAUACAAAAUUGAGUAUAUUAAUAGUAAAAAAAAACAUUUAAGACUCCAGGACUGCACUAGCACUGGAGGAUGUGUGAGUGAGUAGGAGAUGUGACUUUGGACAAUAACAACUGAGAAUUUCAAUCACACUGGCUGAAGGAGUACAUUACACAGUAUGCUCAUAGAUUUUGUGAAAGAAAAAAAAAAUACACAUGAUGGAAUUAUCAAAUCCAGACUCAUGAAUCUUCUCUGUUACUGUAGUGUGUCAUUUCGUGCUUGCCAUAGCUUUCAGACAUGAUUAACAUAUGCUUACUCUCUUUAUCUUUAAUUCCAGCUAAAAUCUCAAAGUUUAUGUAUAUUAUAUAGUAUAUUAUCUGAUCUACCCUUGACUGCUGCUUAACUGGAUUUAUUUGAAGAAAUGUAACAUUGGAAGUGUGUGAUUGUACCCUAGGGCCGAAUUUGAAAAUGCAGAACAAAACACUGUAUCAACGCAUAACGUGUCAUUCCUGAAGCGUGAUGAUUGUUGUUGGAAAGAUGCAUGAUUGAAAUGUUUGGAUGAGCGUUACUGAAAGAAGAUAAGAGGUGGAAUAUUUUGCCGAAAGAUUUUUUUUUCGUGAUAAGGGUGAUAGAACAGGGCUGCGUCACAGGAGGCUCCCCUGGUAAACAUCUGCCCAGUGUGACGGUCUUUGGUCGUUGCGUGCAAAACUUUUAUCUAUUCCAUGUUUUCCAAAGAGGUAAGUGAAGCGAAAAUCUGAUUAUUUUAAAAAACAAAUACUGAUUUCUUCUUUUCAAUCCGAAGCAGAUGAUGCAUGCUGUACAACUGGGAACAUAGAGUACAUUUAGGCUAUGGUAGAGAUCCCAUCCUUUGCUAUUCAGUUUGCUUAGAGUUAUGUUGUGUUUAGGCAUGUCGUCUUGAAGAUUAUCAAAUUAGUUCUUCUGUCACUGAAGCAGAGUAUGUUUCUAAAACUGUUUUUAAAGUAAUAUUUACCCCUGCCUUCACUGUUGUCAUACUUCAAAGUGCCUAAGAUUUUUAAAG